AUGACUGAAGAUAUCAGUAAAAAGAGAAGAAGUCGUGGUGCUUAUGUUGGUGUUUUUAAGAAAAUUGUUAAUGAAACUGUGAAACCUGUUUAUGAAAGGUUUGCUUUGAAAGAUCAUGGUGCGGUACUCUUAUCCAGUUAUGAUUUACUGGAAGCUAAAUUAUUGAACGUAACAACUAUUCAAAAUGAAAUUAAUGACUUAAUUGAGCCAGAGAAUUUAGCUAAUGAAAUGAUGUCACACUUGGAAUUUGAGCAGUAUGCUGCGAAAGAGUUAACAACAUUGAAAAAGUUUCUUGACAAGCAUGUGUUUGAAAUUGAAGGUAAUGUUUCUGUUACUUCUUCUGAUGGGUCUGGAAACUCCAGCGUGAGGGAUCGAAUUAAACUUCCGAAACUUGAGCUGAAAAAGUUUAACGGUGAUCCUUUGCAAUGGAAGUCCUUUGACGAAUCUUUUGAGUGUGCGAUACAUAAGAAUGAAUCUCUUUCUUUUGUCGAAAAAUUGACGUAUUUGACAAAUCUUUUGUCGGGCUCGGCAGAACAAACAAUCAGCGGUUUAUCGUUACGUAACGAAAACUAUGAAAUUGCGCGAGAUCUUUUAAAAGAACGAUUUGGUGAUCCACAAAUCACUGUGUCAGCUCAUAUGAACAAACUUUUGACUCUUGAAAAUGUAAAAAGUUCGAGAGAUAUAAAAUCUAUGCGAAAACUUUACGACCUAAUCGAAUCUCAAGUGAGAAGUUUGAAAGCCCUGGGUUUUAAAGCAGAAAACUAUGGACCUAUGCUUAUUCCUGUUGUUUUGUCAAAAUUACCGAAUGAUAUCAAAUUAAUGAUAAGUAGAAAAUUUGAUGAAGAUAUUUGGGACGCUGAAGCUGUGUUAAAAUUUUUAAGAAAAGAAAUUAUGGCACGUGAAAAACUUUCGAAUAUAAAAUUAGAAGAAGAUGAGCAGCGGGAGUUCCCCAGCAGUGGAAGUUCUUUGAAUGCACAAGCUGCGCGAACUGGUACCCGAAAGUUAUUCUGUUCUUUUUGUUCUGGUGAGCAUAAAUCAUAUGAAUGCAGAACUGUAACAAAAUUAGAAACCAGGAAAGAAAUUGUUUUGAAAAAUGGAGGGUGUUUUUUAUGUUUAAGAAAAGGACACAUGAGUCGUGAAUGCAAAGCAAGUUUUCGUUGUUUUCACUGCAAAGGAAAACAUCACGUAGCCUUAUGCGAAAAGAAACAUAAUCCAAAUCCUCCUCCUAGUCGUAGUCCUAAGAAAAAUGAAACCGAAAAUAAAGAUGCAGAAAGUGAAGAUUCUUCCUCGAACGUUACACCUGCUAAUAUAAACAUAGCUUCUGAUCGAAAUAAUGUUUUGCUGCAAACUGCUAUGGCUACAGUUACAUCAUGCGAUGGAAAUUUUUCUGCGAAAUUACGCAUUUUAUUUGACAGCGGUUCGCAAUUGUCGUACAUCACACCGCAAGCGAGAAAAAAGUUGAAUUUAAAAACUGUUUCAAAAAAAGAACUGAGUAUUAAAGUCUUUGGAGGUGAACACUCUACGAAAAAACUUGAUCUUGUCAAAUUUGAAAUUAAAAGCACAAUAUCGAAUGAGAGCAUUAAUGUUUCUACCUUUGUGAAUGAUAUUUGCAAACCUGUUUCCGGACAAACUAUCAAUUUUGCUGUUGAAAAUUAUGAACAUUUGCAAGGCUUACAAUUAGCUGAUCAGAAUUUUAGCGACGAUCUACACGUCGACAUAUUAAUUGGAGCCGAUUAUUACUGGAAUUUUUUCACGAAAACUGUUUUACGAAGUUCUAGCGGAGGUCCUGUUGCCAUGGGAUCAAAACUUGGAUUUAUCUUAAGUGGUCCAGUUUCUACUGUCUCUACCACUCCUGUUACAGCAAAUAUGGCUUGUACUCAUUCGUUAUUAAUUAUGAAAGAAACUCAAUCAGAUUAUGAGAUUCUGAAUGAAAACGUGAAUAAAUUUGUUCGUUCGGAGGAAAUCCCUAAACUUGGAAAGUUUAGGGAUUUCCUCCGAAGAACCUAG